AUCCCUUACCGACUUGAAAUAACCGGUUCUUAAAGUUUGUGAAAAGGCGUGAGAUUCUUUUUUUCUUUUCCCGGUUCAAAAUUUCAAAAUAAAUCCUCAAAAUAAAGUGCCCUAAUCCCGGCUGCUCGUCGGAGGAAAUAUCCGGCGAGAGAGUGAGUGUUUAAGCGACGGAGAGAGAUGGCCGGAUUAACGAGAACAGCCGGUGCUUUUGCGGUAACUCCACACAAGAUCUCCGUUUGCAUUCUCCUGCAGAUAUACGCUCCGUCGGCUCAGAUGUCUCUCCCUUUCCCUUUCUCUUCCGUUUCUCAGCACAACCGUCUCGGCCUCUACUUGCUCUCUCUCACUAAGUCUUGCGAUGAUAUAUUUGAGCCGAAGCUGGAAGAGCUUAUUAAUCAGCUGAGGGAUGUUGGUGAAGAGAUGGAUGCGUGGCUUACUGACCAUUUAACCAAUAGAUUCUCUUCUUUGGCUUCACCUGAUGACCUAUCGAAUUUCUUUAAUGACAUGCGAGGAAUACUUGGGAGCCCUGAUUCAGGAGUUGUGCAAGACGAUCAGAUUAUUUUGGAUCCCAACAGCAACUUGGGAAUGUUUGUUCGUCGUUGCAUUUUGGCAUUUAACCUCUUAUCGUUCUGAGGGAGUUUGUCAUCUUUUUUCAAGCAUUGAAGAUUAUUGCAAAGAAGCUCAUUCAAGCUCUGUUCAGUUUGAUGCAUCUAAGAAUGAUCUGGAAUCAUUAACACAUUAUGGUCAGAUGGAUAUGGAGAUUUAUGCCAUUGAUAAAGCAACCGAAGAACUAGAGAUUCAGAAAAAAAAUUAGUAGAAGCGUCCCUUUUCACCUUCAUACGCCUGAAGCAAUAUUCAAAGUGAUAGAAGGUAUCACUU